AUGCCUCGUUCAUUCUUGGUAAAACGCCGUCACUCCAUCAUGGGUAUCACAGGAUGGGGGCACCUUGCGGAUGAAGAAAGAGGAGACAUGUAUAUUCCAGGUAUGUAGCUGAUGCUCUCAUGAAAGGCCCAUGUUUGGCACAUGUUUAUCACACAGAAAUCUCACAGGGUUAUUUACUAAGGUGAGAACUGUUGGGAUUAAAAUCUGAAUUUCAACUUUAAGGUCAAAGUAGAAAGUAGCCAAACCAGAAGAAUAGAUGGCUAGUAUAAUUUUUCUAGUUCAGCUAUUUUGGUCUUUAAUUUGACAUUUUCUUUGGAUUCCCAGCACUUGACACUUUAUUGAAUAGCUCUCUUAGACAUUCUUAAAUUGUUUUUACUAACACUAACUGCUCAGGAAAGGGACCUGCCUACUCUAAACAACAGAGAAAGGUAAGGGAACAUGUGUACACUAUGUGUCUGUUCAUGAAUAGUUAUCAGUACUGGGGAGGAGAGGAUGUUAACGACACAUUACAGAUCACUCAUAAGAUGUUUCAUAAAAUACAGGCGACCAUAUCACGUUAAUCAGUAUUAGUAGUAUAUUAACUGAUUAAACAGAGUGGGUGAUGCAUUGAACGGCCUUCCAGGAGCUGUGGUAAGAGCUCAUAAUUUAGAAUAUAUGAACUUUUAACACACGGAUGUCCUAUAUAGGAAAUGCACUAACUAUAAGGAGGAUGGGAUCUUUAGAAAAAUGUAUAUUUAUGUGGGAUCUUUGGAAAACCUAUAUUCCAAUAUUUUCUAUAGCUUUUUUUAAAAUUUGGUAACUUUAUGCGAGAAAAUUCAAUCCUCCUUUGCUUCCCGGGCUCAUCUUUCUCGAUAGUUUUAUAUCUGUCCAUUCUUCUCCAAAAACAUAGAUCUCUUUUUUAUUAAAUUACAUGUAUAUUGAAAAAAUAUUUUGAUUGUCAAAAAAUAAAAACUUUAAAUAAUGAACAAGCCUAUUUCUGUAGAGAGAUUAUAUAGAGAGAGAGCAUAGAACAGGGGCGCUCCUGGGUUCCAGAAACGCCUGAGGUUUGAGUCCAAAAGAAAAGUUGAUGAUUCCCUACACGGACACAGAGCUGGGAAUAUACCAUGAUAAUCCCGUCUCUCUGCUAUGUCCCUUCCUUUCUGAACAUUGUGCUCCCCAUGCAUGUUUUCUUCUAUUUCCAGAGUCAUUAAUCACCCCCACCCCACAUUCCAAUACUUUUCUCCUGUUCUCAUACUCAUUAAAUAUUAAAAAAAAAAUUAGAUUUCCUGUUAUCUACCAUUCUCAGAUUAUCCACUAUUCAAUCUUCAUUUCCUGCUGUCCCUUAGAUUCAUUCUAAUACCCAAUAUUUUAGAACGUCCUUUCUCCUUUUCCCAAAUUCAUUAGAAUACCCCCAUCAAUCCUUUGCUUUUUUCUAUCCUGAGAUUCAUUAGAAUAGCCUUAUAGUACCCCCCCCCCCCAUUCCCAGUCCUUGUUUUCAUCUACCUCCGCCUCCCCCCAAUUUAUUUAAAUAGUAACCUGUUUCACCUUCGUGAAAUACAUUGACAUUAGUGGAUUCUGUUACAGUCAAAUAAGCACAAAUCCCAUCUAUUUAUCAAGUCAACUGCUUUAUCCAUUCAUGGCUCACUCCAUGCAUCAGGAUUGGUUUUGUCUAAAUGUUUUGAAUAGCAGCUUCUUCUGUUUACAUUGGCAUUAAUGUGUCAGUCCAUCUAUUGCUCCCAGCCUCGUUAUCUAUUCUUCCUUUCGGCUCUGAAUAAACACACCUGAUACAUACGCCAGGUGUGGUCUGCAGGUAGCUAUCCUAAUGCUGCACAGGUGCAAAUUCAAUCAGGUAGCUAAGCAUUGUGGGGGGCGUAGUUCUGCACUGGUAGAAGAACUAUAAGUUAGCUUCUCUUGACUAACAAAGUAGGACAUAUAGAUUUUGCUAAAUUUAAUUGUGAGAUGAAAGGGGCUAUGGAAUAUUAUUGGGCAAAACCACAGAAAAGGUGCAAUUGGUUGAUCAGAAUUGAGUUAAUUAUGUAUUUACACACACGCACACUGAAUUACGUGGCCUAUUUGGUUUUAAAUAUUAAAAUCCUCAAUUCUGCAGGAGAAUAUAGAAAGAGUGAUAAACGUUUUCCUCCAAAUUCUUUUUUUUUUAAUUCCCGAGGGGCAUAGAAUUGAGCUGUGAGACUGGAGGGGGCAUGAUUGACAUGCAGAAACUACUUCAUUAAGUUAAAGUUGCAGAGGCACAGAUAAUUGCAAUACCAAAAGGAUUGAAAAUACAAACAAACAGUUUUGCUGCAGCUCCUUCCACUGUAGUUUCAGCAGUGGAAACCAAAUAAACAUAGAAAACGAGGUCUGCGCUUCCAGUUGGAGUGUGCACCAAGCAUUUAUUUAUUUAAUUAGUUCAAUAACUGCUUGGUAGCACAUUGGCGCACACUACAACUGGAAACGCAAACCUCAUUUUUUUCUAUGUUUAUUAAGUUAACGUUGUUUUUGGCGUCCCUUUAAAUUUUACAUUAAUUUUUUUGAAUUUCUGACCACUCUCUCUUUAGUGAACAGCCCUGUAUGGGCGACUGUGAUGAAUCCAGUUACCUAGUUGUUAGAGAGCUCCAUAAUAAACUAUUAUCUUUAUUAAUGCUCGGACAGAAUGGUCUGUGGGCAAAACCACAGAAAAGGUGCAAUUGGUUGAUCAGAAUUGAGUUAAUUAUGUAUUUACACACACGCACACUGAAUUACGUGGCCUAUUUGGUUUUAAACAUUAAAAUCCUCAAUUCUGCAGGAGAAUAUAGAAACAGUGAUAAACGUUUUCCUCCAAAUUAGUUCAAUAACUGCUUGGUAGCACAUUGGCGCACACUACAACUGGAAACGCAAACCUCAUUUUUUUCUAUGUUUAUUAAGUUAAAGUUGUUUUGGCGUCCCUUUAAAUAAUGUGGUUUGACAUUCAGCCACUAACGGAUCAAUGUCACAUUUGGACCCUGAAACGGCCAGCCAGGACAAUGCCUUAUACCAAUGUAAAACCCUAGAAUUGCUGGCAGUGUGGGUGCUAACAGUAGGGGUUUUAAUUCAUCUAUGUUUAUAAUCUAUUUUAAAGCAGAAUCUUGUCAUUGCACUGGUCUCUCUUGUUUCAGACUCUGUGUUUUGGACACACUCCUCAGAUCAUGGAACACCCACACCACACGUGCAUGAGGUAUGUGUACAGGGGAUCAUAUUGCGUUGUACGGACGGGUGCAGAGAUUUUCCAUAUUAAGUUAUGGUCAAAGUACUUAAACUAGUGGUACGUUAGUACUCCAAUAAAGUCACUACAUCACGGGAGAUGUAAUUCAAUAACUGGACACCUACCAGUGCAUUAAAGGAACAGUACACACCUCUAAAGCACAAACUUUGGUUAAGUGGCUUUAGGGAUUAACAAAGUCCCCCCUUUAUCUCAGUUUAUAAAAGUAACAAUUCCAUCAUCAGGAACAAGUGACGUUUCCCAUUCAGGCGUAUACGUUUCAAUGUUUGUCAAUUAGCAGCAAAACUGGCUGAUUGCAGCAAUCACAGUAUAUGUACCCUGCCUCCCGAUGUUUCUUCGUAAGAAGUGUAAGAUUGGGCAGGAGUUCAUCAGUGGAGAUGAUCUCCUAGAGGUGGAGCACAGUUUAUGUAAGACCCUCUCCCCCUGAAUUGCAAUUGAGUUAACUUUAUUUUACCUUAACAGGGGGAGUCUAAAUCCAUGUCACCAGGGCCGGCCUUAGGCAAUUAGGCGCCCUGUGCAAAAAGUCUUCACGGCGCCCCACCCACCUCCCACCAAGUUGCCUGAAUACAGUAACACACACAGGCACCGGGGACGUGUGUAUCACGAGGCAAACAAGGCAUCUGCCUUGGGCGCCACUUUGCAGGGGGCGGCAAAAAAAAGCAUCCCUCCAAACCCCCAGGCAGAUCCCUUGCUUGCCUCGCAUCCUGGGGGGCUCAAGAGCUGACCGGCUGGCCACUUUUGAGCCCCCCCAAGGCUGGCAGCGGGCAGCGAAGGAGCAUACUCACCUGAGCUCUUCCUGCUCAGCUUCCUCUGCGCCGCUUAAUGAAGCCGGGAGCCAGAAUAUGACGUCAGUCCGGCUCCCGGCAUCACUAAGCGCUGCUUACUCAGCCUGUGCGCCCCCUGCCUGCCUGCCCAGCAGCCACACUGGACUGCUGGUAAGAAAUCCACUCCAGCUUUCCCAGGGAGGCUGGGUGGAUUUAAAAUAAAUGUAAAAAAUAUUAGUUUGUGAGUGUUAGUGGAAAUGUCUGUGUGUGUGUCUGUGAGUGUUUAUUUUGAAGUGAAUGUGUGUGUGUGUGUGUGUGUGUGUCUGUAAGUGUGUAAUUGUGUGUGUCUGUAAGUGAAUGUGUGUGUGUCUGUGAGUGAAUGUGUGUGUUGGUCAGUGAGUGUAUAUGUGUCAGUCAGUGAGUGUGUAUGUGUCAGUCAGUGAGUGUGUAUGUGUCGUCAGUGAGUGUGUAUGUGUCGUCAGUGAGUGUGUGUCGGUCAGUGAGUGUGUAGGUCAGUGAGUGUGUGUCGGUCAGUGAGUGUGUGUCAGUCAGUGUGUAUGUGUCGGUCAGUGGAGUCGUGCAUCUUUCAGUGAGUGCUUGCGUCUGUCAGUGAGAGUGUGCAUCUGUCAGUGUGUGUCCAAGUAAUAGUGUAUGUGUGUAUGUCAUUGUUUGUCAGUGUAUAUGAGAGUGUGUGUCUGUCAGUGAGUGUGCGUCUGUCAGUGAGUGAGCGUCUGUCAGUCAAAGUGCGGCCUUGACAGGAAGGGGUGGGGGAAAUUUAAACUCGGUUACAGGCAUGUACACACACACUCAGUUAAAGGCAGUCACACAUACAGGCACAGGCACAAACAAUGGCACAGCUACAGCGACACACACAGACAGACAGUCACAUAGGCAGUCACACACACAGACAGACACACAGUAACACACACAUAGACAGUUAUACACACACAGGCAGGCAGUCACACAGAUAGAAAGUCACACACACAGGCAGGCAGUCACACACAGACAGAUAGUUACAGACAGACACACACAGGCAGGCAGGCAGUCACACACACACAGACAGUCACACACACAGACAGACAGUCUCACACACACGGGCAGUCACACAGACAGACAGUCACACAGACAGACAGUCACACACACAGGCAGUCACAUACAUGGGCAGUCACAUACAUGGGCAGUCACACAGACAGACAGUCACACACACAGACAGUCACACACAGGCAGGCAGUCACACACAGAGACAGUCACACACACACACACAAGGGACAGGCAGUCACACAGACAGUCACACACACACACACAGACAGUCACACGCACACAGGCAGGCAGUCACACAGACAGACAGUCACACAGACAGGCAAACAGUCACACACACACACUUACCUCUUUCCAGUGGAUGCAGUUGGCUGAUGGGGAAGCAUCUUUCCCUCUUCCUGUACAGCAGGGGCUUCGGGAGGUAUUAGCCCCGUCUCCGCCUCUCGAUAAGCCCCGCCUCCGCCGCUCGGUAAACCCCGCCCCCUCUGCCGCGAUUUUUUUUUUUUUUUUUUAAUAGACCCGGGUGGAGAAUAAUUAAUCCUCCAGCCAGGUACCUCUUUUAGCUCCCCUGCACUCCGGCCAUGAGUGAGCUGUGUCGGCCACAGGGCGCCCCCUGUUCCAUGGCGCCCUGUGCGGUCGCACAGCUCGCACACCCCUAAGGCCGGCCCUGCAUGUCACAUAACGCACUUAAGCGUUAUAAAGUUGUUUUUUUCUUAAAAUGAUCAUGCUGCAGCAUUCCUUUAAAUAAUUAUCUCCAAUUUUCUUCAUCACUGAUGAUCUCUUACAUUCACUUAGGGUCGGUUCGCUUGUCGUGCAUGUCGCAAAUCUUUCCCUCUUCAGCGCAUGUUAACACGUCACCUCAAGUGUCACAGUACCCAGAAGAGGCACAGGUGUCCCUGCUGUGCAAAAGGAUUUAAUGACACGUUCGAUCUCAAGCGGCAUAUGAGAACUCACACAGGUAGAGCAGCAGCACAGGUGGGAGAAAAUGGAUUAUUUUAAUUGACCAUCUUGCGUGUCUCACAAUAUUUAAUUUAACAUUUUUUUAUCCCUUACAGGAAUCCGUCCAUACAAAUGUCCAGUUUGUGACAAGUCUUUUACCCAGCGUUGCUCCUUGGAAAGCCAUCUACGCAAGAUCCAUGGAGUAGUACAGAGUUACGCGUACCGCCAGCGCCGUUCCAAAAUCUAUGUGUGUGAAGAAUGUGGCUUCACGUCUCCAAGUGCGGACACGUACACCCUGCAUGUCAUCGAGGUCCAUCCUAGCAGUCCUGUGCUAUCCAAGCAUCUAAGAAAACGGGGGGCUGGAGUUCUGAGGGGAGAAAUGGGGGUCUUGCUACACCCUACACCUCGUUAUGCCUCAACUACUUUUCACUCCAGGUGACGCAGGCUACUGCCCCAGAGACCCUGCGCAGAAUGACGCAG